AUGCUCUUGGGUCACGGUUUAGAUACCAUCACACUUGAAGCUGCGCUGAAAGCUGAUCCGCGACCGGGCUUCAUUGUUGAUACCAACCACGCGUCACGAAAUACGCCACUUCAGCCAAUAUUCUGCAAUGAAGCUCUCCUUGGAAAUCUGUCACUACACAGUGCGAUCAGAGGGUCCUUAAACAAUGACUCUUCCCGCCACUUUCAAAGAUGGGUCCUGGAGGGUGAUCAACCGAAUCUUGAUUAUUCUGGGACAACCUGGACGGCCUACACUUUACAGCAGCGAUAUCGGAUUGUUUCUGCCAACACCUGUCGACACAGAUCAAAGUCAUCUUUCAGAUCGAAAGGGCUCUCGGAUCCCCGCGUUUCAGCUCGCGACCAUUUCCAGGAAACCACAGCUACAGCGGUAGACGAUGCAGACGAGCAGAUACUCAGCAUUCGUAGCACGCGCGGCGAGCCCAAGCUGCCAUCAUCUCUGGGAGAUACCAAACUUGACUUCUCGCUUGAGGAGCCUUCGUUAAAGUGCACGGAUUGGACAGCCGCGGAACCAGUAGGAGCGCUCACGCCUCAUGAGAUAUUCGCUCGCAAUAUCGAUUGGGCGUCAACGCCUCUCGGGCCUAUGUCAAGCUGGGAUCCUAUCUUUCGAGAACUGGCCAACCUCGUCAUGCGAAAUCCGCAUCCUUGUACGCUAGUAUGGGGCGAGGAGCUCACUAUGGUUUACAAUGACCCGUACCGGAUUGAGGUUGCUGGUAAAAAGCACCCCGCAAUCAUGGGGAGCGGGUUCUUUGUCGACUUCCCCGAACUGUGGUCUGACAAGAAGUCCGGCUUCCAGGAAUGUGCUCAGACAGGCCAGAGUAUACGAAUGGAAAAUGAUCGCCUCUUGAUCGAGCGUUCUGGCUAUCUGGAAGAGACCUUCUUUUCAUGGUCUUGGAUUCCCAUGUACGAUAGCGCUCGACGUCUUCUUGGUUUCUACAACGCCCCCUUCGAAACCACUUACCAAAUGAUCAGUAGUCGGAGGAUGGAAACAUUGCAACGCUUGGGAGAAGCUGUCUCUACGGCAAGGUCUGUACGACAAUUUUGGAAAGCAGUCGUCAAAGGCCUGGAGACAAAUCCGUACGAUAUCAAUUUCGCCACAGUAUACGUCCUUGCAGAGACUGAAGGGAGUGACGCAGCCUCGAUCUCAUCAAAUUCAAACAUAGCAUCGAAGGACUGUGUACUCGAGGCCGCAAUCGGCGUCCCGAGCAAUCACCCUGCUGCAGCUGAACGAGUCGACCUUCAAGACGAUGCUGGAUUGGCGCCUAAGAUGCGAGCUGCUAUACAAGCGAAGGAGCCUGUACUGUUGUCCGCAAGCGAUGGGACUCUUCCAAACUUUUUGUUGGAAGGGAUAAGUUUUCGAGGGUUUGAGAUCCCAUCCAGCGAAGUUCUGAUCGUGCCACUACGUUCAACUUACGAAUACAAUGCAUCUGCGAUCCUGACGAUAGGUCUCAAUCCACGCAGGCGAUACGAUAAGGACUACCAAACAUUCAUCGCCAUGCUUAACCGCCAAUUAUCAACAUCUUUAGCCUCUGUGCUGUUCGCAGAAGACGAGGCUCGCAGGAAUCGGACUGCCGCAGAGCUCGCUGCACUUCAGCGCGAACACUUAACAGAACAAUUAGAGCUUCAAAGAGGGCGAUUACGGAGAAUGACCGAGCAUUCACCGCUUGGAAUGUUCUUGAUCAGCCCUGAUGGAGUGCUUUUGGAAGCGAACGACCGAUACUAUGAGAUGACAAAUCAUCCAACCGACUCUUAUGCUUUGUCUUUUAUGGAGACCGUGGCCGAAUCGAAUGCUUCUGUUGCCCUGGGGAUGUGGAAUCAAAUGACGAUUGAUAGAAAACCUGCGACAGGUGAUCUUUUACUUCGCCACAACUAUAACACUGAAGUUGAUGAAGCUGGAGUUCCCAUUGAGCCAUGGGUUUUGGUAUCAGCUGUUCCUGAGAUUGGCCCAGACAAUGAGCUCAGAAGCGUCAUGGGUUCGAUCACGGACAUGUCACAUUAUCACUACGCUCGACGACUACAGGAGCAGCGUCUCCGCGAAGCCGAAGAGACCAAGCGGCAGCAAAACGCGUUCAUCGAUAUCACUUCACAUGAAAUGCGAAACCCUCUCAGUGCUAUUCUCAUUUGUGCAGAAGAUAUAAAGGCUUCGCUGCAGAAGCACCAGUUCGACGGCCAGGCUGUUCAGGUCAUUGCUGAGUGUGUGGAGGCUGCCGAUACAAUCACCCUGUGUGUGCAACACCAGAAAACCAUUGUCGAUGACGUCCUUACAGUCUCGAAACUGAAUUCCAAUCUGCUUCUCAUAUCGCCACUUCCGUCGAACCCAGUGCAGGUAGUUCAGCAAGCAAUGAACAUGUUUAGUAAGGAGGUACAGUCGAAGCAGAUCGAUCUCAGCCUACACUUACACUCAUCAAUGAACGAUCUCAAUGUCCAAUGGGUCAUGCUUGAUCCUGGACGGGUUUUGCAGAUCAUGGUCAACCUCCUUACAAACGCCAUCAAGUUUACACAUCAGUCGUCGACGCGAUCGAUCUCUGUGCACAUGGGUGCAUCCUUCAGUCUGCCGAUACCGCGCACUAAAUCCUUUGAUUAUGUGCCGAGAAGGAGUCCACAGGUAGACAUUAGCGACGGCAAAGAUUGGGGAGCCGGCUCACUCAUAUACCUGCGGGUUAGAGUCACCGACACCGGCUGUGGACUCACGACUGAGGAAAAACAAAGGCUGUUCGAACGUUUUGCCCAAGCUUCCCCACGUACGCACGCGCAGUACGGUGGCAGUGGACUCGGCUUGUUCAUCUCAAGGCAACUCGCCGAGUUACACGGUGGUCAGAUCGGCGCUGCGUCUGAAGCAGGUGUUGGGAGCACUUUUGGUUUCUUUAUCCAAUGCCGAAGGACCAUCGAUCCCGGAGUCGGCAAAGAAUCAGCAUUACCGAGCACCACGGGCAUCUCCAGCUUGCCAACGUCGACUUACGAAAGAAACAGCGCAUCUGAAACUCAGCUCACUAAUCUCAGCCAAGACGUUCCAGUCGUCAUGCCAUCGCCCAUAGUUAAGCAUACGGAUGCGAAGACCAUCCACGUCCUAGUGGUGGAGGACAACCUCGUCAACCAGAAGAUACUCAAGAAGCAGCUCGAAAAGGCUGGGUGCGUGGUGGAGACUGCUGACAACGGUAUCCACGCUCUUGAAUACCUGCGCACCACGACUCUCUAUUCAAAUGGCACAAACCCGAUAUCGAUUGUGCUCAUGGACCUGGAAAUGCCCGAGAUGGGAGGCUUGGAGUGCGUGACACGUAUCAGAGAACUUCAGACUCAAGGUGCUAUUCGUCGGCAUGUGCCCGUGGUGGCUGUUACAGCGAACGUCAGGGCAGAGCAGAUACUGGUCGCAAGAAAGAGUGGCAUGGACGACAUUGUGUCGAAGCCGUUCCGGAUGGCUGAUCUGUUGGAGAAAAUCGAGGCGAUUGUGGGACAUACUUCGUCGCAACAGAAUCCUUGA